AUGGAAGCUGCCAAUGGCUUCUAUGCGCCGAAUAUGCGCAAAGUGCCUACGGGCGAGUUUGUGAAGCCGAGCAGAAGGACUAACGGUGCCGGUGUGCAGGCCGAAGACACGCGGAUAUGCGUCGUCAUGGUGGGCUUGCCCGCUCGAGGAAAGAGCCUGAUCGCACAGAAAGUGGUCCGCUACCUGCAUUGGCUAUCGAUCAAAUCGAAGACCUUCAACGUGGGCCAAUAUCGACGUUCUGCGACCCCGAAUCCUUCCGCCGCCUUCUUCGACACCACAAAUCCCGAGGGAGAGCGCCUGCGCAAAGCAGCCGCCGAAGCAGCUGUUAAUGACAUGUGCAAGUGGUUCGCAGAGGGCAAGGGCCUGAUUGCCAUCCUGGAUGCGACAAAUUCGACCAAGACGCGGCGAAGGUGGAUACAAGAACGCUGCACAGCGGAGAACAUUGAGACGCUGUUUGUCGAAUCAAAAUGCGACGAUGAGGAGCUCAUCAUGAGCAAUAUCCUUGAAGUCAAGACGACGUCACCCGACUACGUCGGACAGGAUCCAGAAGAAGCUGCGGCCGACUUUCGCAAUCGCAUUCGAAAUUACGAGAAAGUGUACCAGACCAUUGACGAGGACGAGCGCGACCUAACGUACGUCAAGUUGAUCGAUGUGGGAAAACAGGUCAUCAUCAACCAAAUACAAGACUAUCUCCAGAGCAGAGUCGUGUACUACCUAAUGAAUCUCCACAUCAAGCCUCGCUCCAUCUGGUUAUCACGGCACGGUGAAUCGCAAUACAACCUCUCGGGCCAAAUCGGCGGAGACGCCGAUCUCUCAGAGCGAGGAGAUGCCUACGCCCACGCCCUCCCCGGCCUCGUAGCAAAAUCCGUCCGAGACGGUCGUAGACUUACUGUCUGGACGUCUACGCUAAAGCGAACAAUUCAGACCGCCAGAUUCCUUACCUUUGAGAAGCUAGAAUGGAAAGCUCUUGACGAGCUCGACUCGGGCGUCUGCGACGGGUUAACCUACGCCCAAAUCGAGCAAAAGCACCCCGAAGACUUUGCGCAGCGCGACGAAGACAAGUACAACUAUCGCUACCUGGGCGGAGAAUCAUACCGCGACGUGGUCAUCCGCCUCGAGCCCAUCAUUAUGGAGCUAGAGCGCAGCGAAAACAUCUUGAUUGUCACCCAUCAGGCCAUCCUACGAUGCAUAUACGCAUAUUUCAUGAACGUGCCGCAGGAACAAAGCCCGUGGAUGGAAGUGCCGUUACAUACGUUGAUCAAGUUGACACCAAAGGCCUACUCAACGCAGGAAGAAAGACUGAAGGCCGAUAUACCGGCAGUCAGCACGUGGAGAGGUAAGGGCAGCAAGGCUGAACAUCAGCAGACGAACGGCAGCGCAUAG